CACUGCCUGCUUUUCCGGACCAUAAAGAAUCCCUCUGUUAAUUUUCUUCACCGGAGCCUGGCGUGGAUAUUAAAUUCCUCACUGAAGAGAGUUGAUUUGUUUUUAAAAAACAAUAGAAGGAUCAUGGGGCAGCUUCUUCCCUGGGGGCACAAGCCCCCUGUGCACAUUUAUGAGCAUUUAAAAUGUCUCUGAGCCAUGCUAAGGACCUCAAUACUUCGGCACUGAGGAAAAUAGCUGCCGACAUGAGCAACUUAAUCGAAAGCCUGGACUCGAGGGAGCUCCACUUUGAGGGGGAGGAGGUCGACACAGAUGUGGUGCAUGAUCCCAAGGCACCGGUGGGCAUUCCAUUCUCAGCCAUCUAUAACACUAAAGGAUUCAAAGAGGCCCAUCUACAGCUCUACCUAACUGGUUACCCCAUCCGAGUGCGAGUCCUGGAAGUGGAGCGAUGUACCUCGACGACAAAGGUUCCAAGCCUACAUGUUUACACCAUUGAAUUAACGCAUGGGGAAUUUACAUGGCAAGUGAAAAGGAAAUUCAAGCACUUUCAAGAAUUCCACCGGGAACUGUUGAGAUACAAAGCUUUUAUACGGAUUCCCAUUCCUACAAGAAGGCACACAGUUCGAAGACAGACCAUCAAAAGGGAAGAAGCAAGACAGAUGCCAAGUCUUCCACGCACCUCUGAGAACAUGGUCAGAGAAGAACACCUGUCCAGUAGAAGGAAACAACUGGAAGAUUACUUAACAAACCUUUUAAAAAUGCCCAUGUACAGGAACUACCAUGGAACGAUGGAAUUCCUUGGUGUAAGUCAACUGUCAUUCAUCCAUGAUCUAGGACCAAAGGGCAUAGAGGGCAUGAUCAUGAAGCGAUCUGGAGGUCACAGAAUACCUGGAUUGAAUUGCUGUGGGCAGGGGAGGUUGUGCUACCGCUGGUCUAAAAGGUGGCUAAUAGUAAAAGACUCCUUUUUAAUGUACAUGAAGCCAGAUAGCGGAGCCAUUUCCUUUGUUCUGCUGGUGGAUAAAGAAUUCAGCAUCAAAAUUGGCAAGAAAGAAACAGAAACUAAAUAUGGGCUACGAAUUGACAAUCUUUCCAGGUCGCUAAUUCUGAAGUGCAACAGCUAUAGGCAUGCUCUCUGGUGGGGUCAAGGGAUAGAAGAAUUUGUUCAGAAGAAUGGCAAGAAUUUUCUCAAAGAUCACAGAUUUGGCUCUUAUGCAGCCAUCCAGGAGGACACGUUGGCAAAGUGGUAUUUGAAUGCAAAAGGUUACUUUGAAGAUGUUGCCACUGCCAUGGAAGCAGCUAAAGAAGAGAUUUUCAUCACAGACUGGUGGCUGAGCCCAGAGAUAUUCAUGAAGCGGCCUGUGGUGGAAGGGAAUCGCUGGCGGCUGGACUGCAUUUUGAGACGGAAAGCGCAACAAGGGGUGAGAAUCUUUGUGAUGCUCUACAAAGAAGUGGAGCUUGCUCUCGGCAUCAACAGCGAAUACAGCAAGCGGACUCUAAUGCGUUUGCAUCCCAACAUUAAGGUCAUGAGACACCCAGAUCAUGUAUCAUCUUCAGUUUAUUUGUGGGCUCAUCAUGAGAAACUGGUGGUAAUUGACCAGUCCGUUGCUUUUGUUGGAGGCAUCGACUUGGCUUAUGGCAGGUGGGAUGAUGACGAGCACCGGCUGACCGAUGUUGGCAGUGCGAAACGGAUGAACGCAACCAAGUCCACAUCUUCGAUGAACCUUACCUCUUUGGCUGAGCCGGUUCAUCCGGAGGCACAACCCCCACCAAAGCUGCCCUUGCAAGAAAACGGUGACAACGUGCCAGAUUUGUCAAGAAUGAAAGGGGUAGGGAAAACCAGGAAAUUUGCCCGGUUCAGCAUUUACAAGCAACUCCACCGGCAUGGCUUACAUCACGCGGACAGCGUGAGCAGCGUUGACAGCGAGUCACAUAAAGGCUCAAUCCGCAGCUUGAAGACGGGUGUUGGUGAACUUCUUGGAGAAACACGGUUCUGGCACGGAAAGGAUUAUUGCAACUUUGUCUUCAAGGACUGGGUUCAGCUGGAUAAACCCUUUGCCGACUUCAUCGAUCGCUAUACUACGCCAAGGAUGCCAUGGCAUGAUGUUGCCUCCGUUGUGCACGGCAAAGCUGCCCGCGAUGUAGCUCGACAUUUUAUUCAGCGCUGGAAUUUCACAAAGAUCAUGAAAUCCAAAUACCGAUCCCUCUCCUACCCUUUCCUGCUGCCAAAAUCUCAACGAACAGCUGAUGAGUUGCAGUACCAAGUCCCUGAGGCUGUGCGCGCCACUGUUCAGGUGCUCCGCUCUGCUGCUGACUGGUCGGCUGGGAUCAAGUAUCAUGAGGAAUCCAUCCAUUCUGCUUAUGUGAAUGUGAUUGAAAACAGCAAGCACUACAUAUAUAUUGAGAACCAGUUUUUUAUCAGCUGUGCCCAUGACAGAGUUGUAUCUAACCGGAUUGGUGAUGCCAUCGCACACAGGAUUCUCAAAGCCCACAGGGAAAACAAGAGGUACCGGGUCUACAUAGUGAUACCUCUGCUACCAGGAUUUGAAGGUGACAUUUCAACAGGAGGAGGAAAUGCUCUGCAGGCAAUAAUGCACUUUAACUACAGGACCAUGUGCAGAGGAGAUAAUUCGAUCCUUGGACAGCUGAAAGCAGAGAUUGGAGACCAGUGGAUUAACUACAUUUCGUUCUGUGGGCUGCGAACCCAUGCUGAGCUAGAAGGGAAGCUCGUCACUGAACUGAUCUACGUUCACAGCAAGCUGAUGAUUGUCGAUGACAACACAGUCAUCAUCGGCUCCGCUAACAUCAACGAUCGUAGCAUGCUUGGGAAGCGAGACAGUGAAAUGGCCGUCCUUGUACAGGAUACCGAUACCGUUCCUUCCAUGAUGGAUGGGCAGGAAUAUAAAGCUGGAAGAUUUGCUCAGUCUCUCCGCCUUCAGUGCUUUAGAGUUGUACUGGGAAGCGCAACUGACCCAAAUGACCUCCAGGACCCAGUUUCUGACAAAUUCUUCAAGGAAGUGUGGGUUGCAACGGCUGCGCGCAAUGCCACCAUUUUUGAUAAGGUUUUCCGAUGCCUUCCAAGUGACCAAGUGAACAAUUUAACCCAGCUACGGGAAUUCAUCACAAAAUCGAAGCUUGCCUGUGAGAAUCCUGCUAAGGCAACUGAAGAACUCAAAAAGAUCCAUGGAUUUCUAGUUCAAUUCCCCUUUCGUUUCUUGGAUGAAGAGAAUUUGCUUCCGUCUGUGGGAACGAAAGAGUCCAUGGUACCGAUGGAGACAUGGACUUAAGCAAAAUUGGAUCAAACCCCACUUAGUUCAAGAAAUAUUGAAUGGACUGUGGUUGCAGGCAUCUUUUCUGCCAUGGUGGGGGGGAAAGAUUUCCACUGAUCCAAAAGUGCCUUUGAUGGAACAGCUUCCAACAAAACAACUGUGUUGCUGGGAGAAAAACUGAAAACAGCCAAUGACUGACAAAAACUGAAAACAGCCAAGUUCUGCUAAGUGAUGAAACAAGGCCAUUCUCGAGGAAUCUUGGAGAGGGUGUAUGUGUGAAAAUACAAGCCACUUUCUACAAAAGACCGUGCAUCAUAUUGCAGCACACUUCAUAUAUUCCAUGCAUGCUUCACUCUGUACAGCUGGUUGUUUCAGACACGAAUCAGAAUCACUUUUCCAUGAACAACUGUAAUAAGGCAUUGGCUUCUACUAUCCAUCUUUUGCACUGGUAACCCAUUGCCACCACAAGGAUGACUGAGGCCACUGCCAAUAUGAUUUACCUCUAAUUCACGACAAAACGAAUCCACAUCCAUGCAUAUGGUUUAUGAAGAAUGCACUGAACAUGUAUCUAUACGGCUAUUAGCCAUAUGCUGCAAACAUGCAUUUGCUGUAGUUGUGAUGCUACAUCUAUGGUGGGUGGUAGGCUGCUUGUGUUGCCUAAAUCUUUGAUCCUACGGCUGUCUAGGUCGUCUUUCUUUUUUUAACCACUUCUUUGUGUUCUGUAAAUGUGUGUAACAAGUGUUGAGAAACCCUGCACGAUGCCACUUUGGGCAUGACUCUGAUCACUAGCUGUUGAGCAUAGGCUGUAAAAGUUUGCACAGAGCUUUUUUGUUCUUUAGCUGUAUUUAGAGCAAGGCAUAAUUCUAGUCCUGGAGUGCCUGCAUGUAUUCCAUUGCGACAAUAGCGGUCGAAAGCCUUUAAAGAUCGUAUUGGUAGCCUCAGCAUUGAUGGUUGUCCCCCAUUGUGCACAAAAUUACCAGGGUGCUCAGUCCCAGAAAAGGAACCAGUGAGUUUUGUUCUCUCAUUGGGGACAUGCAGCAACAGAGAAUCCUUGUGUUCUCAUGCCCCGAUUGCCCUCUACCAAUGAAGAUGCAAGAUGGUGUGACAUGGUCUUGGACUCUUUUACUAGGGGGGGAGGAAUCCGAUGUUUUUCCUUUCCAAUUAACUUGUGAGCAUUUUAUGAUAAUGAAAUAUGCUAGUUAGUUUGAAAGGAUGUAGAGAAGUAAAUCCAAUGCUGGUUAUUCCAGCAUUAGGAAGUAUAUUUAGAGAAAAAUCCUUAGCAGGUCUACUCAGAAUCCUAUUCACUGGGGCUUACUCCCAAGAAAGUGUUCUUAGAAUUGUACUGUUAAUGCAGUUCAAUGGCAGAAGGCCAGUAAUUUUUGAAGCCAGAACAGCAUUUUUGACUCUGCCCUCCAAGGAAUGCCAGUUUUUUUGUUCCAGCCCACUCUUUCCUUUCCUUGUUCUAAACCAGAUAUCAGCCCUCCCUCCAGUGUCUUUUUUUUUUAAUGAAACCACAAAUUAUGGAUCCAUAAAGUAACACAUAGUUUGGCCUCUUGAGUUUGCCAGUCUGGUAUCAUUUAGAUAAACUUGCCUGGGAUAUGAGAUUGGCUCUGGUUCCCUGUAUACGCUGUAAAAAAAAAUCAUUGUUUAAUAUCUGGAACAGUUCUCAGUCAAUAUGCCUUGUGUGAAUGUGUAUGUGAGAAGGCUGCAGAAUCCUGGGAUUGUGGGGACUGGAAAGACCCUUAAAUUUGGGUCAAAUUGAGACAGUUCCCAUAACUUCUGGAAUAGCCCUAACAACUUGCUGCCUUUAAAAAUUUGCUUUUCUUCAAAUCUUCCCCCUUCCCCUAUCAUUAACCAUUCUAACUAGUUUUGAAUGGAAACCAUAAUCCCACUGGAAGCCAAUCUUGGGAUGCCGCCCUGAAUUAGCAAGCUUGGGUGGCAAAUCUUUGAGGAUAUUCGUGAAUACAUACCUAAUGACCAGAAAGAUCAUGUAAGAUUUUCAAAUCAGGUCAGUAUUGAAGAUAAGUCAGAAAAUAAACCAAGUGAACACUUCUGUCAUCACCUCAUAAUAUGCCGAGGAGGAAUCCUGAUUGUGACCUUGGGGUCACAUAAUGGAACAUUAUGACUCAGUUUCCUCAGAUGUGUGACUCUGUUUGCAAGAGAAUGCAGCCAAGAAAAGUCUACCAAUGUUUUGACUCACUAGGUCAUGCCUCUGAUCUUAUGAAAGUCCAGUUGCCAAUCUCUAGCCCUCCAUUUCCUUCAGAGUGACUGUUACUGAGAAGCUGAUCAGGGACUUUCUGGCCCACCAGUGGUAGCCCCGUUUCUCAAGAUUGUAUCAAGCCAUUGGGCUUUUUUCCUAAUCCAUGUGAGGGAUCAGCCUUGCAAGUAAGCAUCAUCUCAUCAGUUAAGCCUCCUUCCCUUUCCCGUCUUGCAGAAAUAAGCUGCUGUGAAGCCAUUCCUAGCACCACUGUGGAGAUUUCCCAAUAGAAAGAUCAAACAGAUGAGCACUCCAGUUAACCCGAGGACAUGUGUAACGAUCUCUGUGUUAUUACCAGGGCUUUUUUUCAGGGGGAACGCGGGGGAACAGAGUUCCAGAACCUCUUGAACAUGGUCACAUGGCUGGUGGCCCCGCCCCCUGAUCUCCAGACAGAGGGGAGUUUAGAUUGCCCUCCGCGCCGCCAAGCGCCACCAGCCAUGUGACCAUUUUCUCCAAGGGCAACCCACUGAGUUCCACCACCUCUUUUCCCAAAAAAAAAGCCCUGGUUAUUACAAUGUGGAAUUCCCUGCCAGAGGACGGCCAUAAGCAUAGGCAGGUUUAAAAGGGGAUUUGACAGAUACAUGGAGGAGAGGUCUGUCAGUGACUACUAGCCUUGGUGACUAAAGCGAACCUCCAUAUUCAGAGGCAGUAGCUCUGAAUAUCAAUGCCAGGAGACAACAUCAGGGGAAGGCCUCAGCCUCUAUGCCCUGUGGUUGGCCCUCCAGAGUAACUGGUUGGCCACUGUGUGAGACAGGAUACUGGACCAGAUGGACUACUGGUCUGAUCCAGCAAGGCUGUUCUUACGUGUACAUUCAAAAGUGCCAGUGUUAAAAUGUUUAAAAUGGAAAGAGGUGCGCGCAAUGUUAUCUUUGCAGCAGGCCUGAAAGUCCCAGUUCACCAUUAAGCAGUUUAAUAAGUGUUUCUAUUUAUCAAACACUUUUUAUAUAAACAAUAUAGAUCCUGUUUCCCCAUCCUGUGAAGGCUGGCUGGGGCAUAACUGGUCAUGCUAGGAAGCAGAGAAGCGUGGGAGCCAGAAAUAACAGCCGAAGGAGGCUGCAGUUGGCGAGACAGAACUAUAUCCUCGGUCGUAGUCCUUGCUUAUCGCUGUUACUUGGAGACCUAUCUGAUGGCUUUGCAGCUCCACCACCAACAAAGGAUGCUUCCUUAACUAUUUCCGUGUAUGUUUAUCUAAGACCUGAACUCAAGUUCUGCAGCCAAUGUGUAAGAGAAUUAGAUGGAAUUUAUAUUCUUUAUUUUAAACAGAUUAGAACUUUUUUUAAAGAGCAUAACGCAAAUCGUAACUGGCACCUUCCUCUUCACUUAAAGCACCUUAUCAUCUGUAUCUUAAGCAAUUUAAUGCAGUAUUGAACAGCCUGGUAUUUCCCAUUAUAUCGAUAAAUAAGAAAAACUAACACUCCUCUAGGAGAAGCCCAGAUUGUUGCAAUUCACUGCUGUGCCUGCAGUCUUGUGCUGUCAAUUAGUGGCAUGAACAGAAAUCACAUGCACCUUUUAAAGUCAGUGGAUCAGAGGUCUGUUAGAAUCUUUUAAUAAUUCAUGCACGGCAUUCUCUUAAGAGAUAACCUGCAUGGAUAAUGCGUGUGUCUGUAAUGUACUAUAAGUUGUUUAGGUUGCCUUAUUGGUUCUCAGGAAACUAGCAUUUUCAAAUUCUUUCUUUUGCUGCUGUUUGCAAUGGAGCCUGGGUAUGCGCCUAUCAUCAGCGCUUCAAGGAGACUUAGAGGGUAUUUGUGGUAUGAAGCCACUGAUAUAUAAGAGAUAGCUUUUGCCAUCACACUUCAUCUACUAUGUGUCAUUUCACAUAAGGCCAACAUUCAAGGUUGCAGACGGCGUGGGUGUCAGGGAUUUGGACAGAAGCAGAAAGGCACAUGGGCCUGGUCAUGGACUGAACACAGGCCUGCAGUCCUACUUAUCCUACAUAUGACCCACAGCAUUCUCAUGUCUUGUUCUUUGGACAUCGCAUGCGUCACAUCUGCCAAAAAAACUUUGUCCAUUACGUCCAUUCUUAGUUUAGUGGUGUUUUCAUGUGUGCGUGCAUGCGUGCGUGGUUGCAGGCUUUAUAAUGAAUAUCAUGUACUUAUAGGAUCUCUGUAUUGGACACGGAAAGAUAAAAUUUGAAGUUCUACAAAUUUCUGUAACAGAAGAGCCGUUUCAGCUUUGUAGUGAAGGAGAUUCACUGUAGGAAGAGAUUCUGCUGUUGGAUAGACUAGGGAGGCCUGGGUUAAAAUCCACUCGGAGCUUACUGGUUUUGAGCACAUACGGUAUCUCAGCCUGAGUUAUGUCACAAGGAUGUUGUGCUCUUUGGAAGAAUGGCAGGAUUAAAAUAUAAUGCAUAGAAAGAGGAGGGGAAUGGAUUUACCAGCCAGGGUGCUUUACUCAACUACAAGACAGCUUGUCUGGUGAGCUGGCAAUAUCAACCUGCUGCCUAUCCGUUUAAUUGAUGCUUUUACAAAAAUUGCCAUCUGCUCCCCAGAAAGAAUGUCCACAACUUUGGUCAACUAGGCAGCAGGAUGUCGUGGCCAACCUACAGCCAUCAAAGCCCCUAUAGCUUCUCUCUUUCCCCCCCCUGCUACUGGCCUUUUGCUAGACUUCGCAUUGGCAUGAAUGAAUGUUUCCUCAUUGCAUGGGUGUAAGUGGUUCCUGGUUAUAAUCUAUUUCCACCUUCAUGUAAUUAAAAUUUUAUUUUAUGGAAAUAGUUUUCUAAACAACUUCAAAAUGUGAACAUUCUUGGGUAGAGGGACUUGAUAUAUGAAGAUGUCUUUGAUUUACCAUUAAGACCCUUCAUGAUAAACUGACUAAUUUCUGCUUACCCAGUUCACCUGCUCCAGUGUCUGUCUUACUUCUCUUCCUUUGAACUGACAACCCACUGUCAGUUAUGCCUGUUUGUUGACCAUGACUGUGUCCAGCCCCUUGGUGAACCAUUCCAUUUUGACCAGUCUGCCUAGAUUAGACCUUUGCUGUUAUGCUUAUUUGGAAUCCUGCCUGUUGUCUCCUAGAGGCUUACUCAGAGAUGUAUGUUCUGUUGGGUCCCAAACCUGUAAGGAAGUAUUGGUCGCAGUUGGUUCCAUGACAUCCCUUAUGGGUCUUCCAGCAUGUCAUAUGACAACUAGAGGAUCAUUGUUAGCUGUGCAUAUGUGACUGAAAAGGCCUGGAUGUACAGUACUCCUUAUGGGGCACUUGCAUCAUAUCAAGAAUACAACUGAACCUUGUUGAUCUGUGUUGUAGUUCCUUAUUAACUUUUCUUGUAUUAGAACUGUAAGAAGCCCAGCUGUCAAUGCAGCACAUAGGCACUAUACUUAAAUAAUUGAACCACAAACUGCAUAGUGUGCAAUGCCUGCCACACAAACCAUUACAGACAACAUAGGAAGGUUUAGGCUAGCAUUGGCUGUUGCCCCGUGUGGUUUUUUUUUUCUUUUUGUGCAUGAGUGGAGGAAAUCUGUGUAAUCCAGAUCCCAUACUGCAGGAGUAGGCUACUGUCAACCAAAGGUUUGAAUCUGAGUAUCCGGUCCAUUAUCUUGUGUGCUGCCAACUCUGUGAUGAAAAGGCACAUUGCUGUAUAGCCAGGUUGCCACUACCCCUAAUGUCAUGACUCAUGACUUUUUAGAGCUUUGUGAAGACUUGAUUGCCUACCGUUGCUGUAACUGAUAGUGUUUUGAAGCCUGUGGAAUCCAAAAACCCAUGAGAUGGAAGGGCUAAAAUCAGUAUUGAUUGAAAUAAUCCUCCAGCCAGCAGGAACCGGACUGAACCAGCAGACUAUUGGGAUGCAGAAGUUCUUUCCCUUCUGACUUCUUAAGGCAGGGAGAAAAAACCCUCCAGAUUUCUUUGUUUUUUAUCCUAGCAGUUGUCAUUGAGCUCCUUGUAAUCCUACCGGUGUGGUUUCUCAAAAUAAACAUUGCCGAGAAUAAUUGUAAUUUACUUGUCUCCAUCCUUGACACCGAGGUAAUGGAAAAAACACGAACUUGGCUUUUUAAUUGAUUGGUCAAGCCACUAUCGCUUAAAUGAAAUGUCUGCCAGAUUAAGUAGGUGACAAGACAAAGCACAUAUUGGAUUUCAGAGGGUAUGGAACAAUUCUAUAUAUCUGUGCAACUAUAUGAACACUGUGAAUAUACCUUCUGUGAAGGAUUCAGAUUUGUCAUUCUUUUUUAAAAUAUAUAUAUUGCUAGUCUUGCUAAUGCCUGCUUUUAUUCCCCCUGCCCUUGACGGUAAUUGGAAAUACAUAUAUGUUUGUCAACUGAAAAUGUAACUAAACUGUAAUGUGUCAGAAA